AAAAUAAAAUUCUAUUUUUUCUAUUAAACAUCGCAAAGAGCUGCGAGCUCGAAAGAUGGGAAGAGGAGGAAAGCAGAAGCUACUAGAAACAUCGCGUUCUUGAGGGUUCAAGGAUCGACAGGGGAAGAUUUGUUUCGUGGGGGCAAACACGAUCUAUAAAAGAGAAGAAGGGCAAGAACCCAUCAAUGGAUUCUAUGAACAUCGAUGACGUCCAUGGUGCCCGUCAUCAGACUGAGGAUGCUGAACCCUUUAUGACGGCAACAGCGGUCGUCCGUGAUGCCUCGGGACUCACAGUUGUCGACGGCCGUGAGAAUAGUUGGCCACUCCUUGAUUUGGCACGGCAGCUUGUAACGCAGGGCAAGCCUUCUCUUGCUCUCCGGGCGGUUGUCACUGCAGUAAAAUCUGAUGGAGGUGACCAGGCUGUCCUCCACACUCUCAACCGUGCCCAAGAACUCUACAUCAACAGGCUACGAGCGGAUGCCGCUGCCAACGAGUUAGCCUCCUUAUUCGCGGAAUGCGCAAUAGCCGAAGCUCGCCCGCAGAAUCCCAUCGUCAAUCCGUCGCUCCAACAACUCGAUGCAACCAACCUAACCUUGUUGCAUGAUGUAAGUGACGCUUCCAUACUCGCGCAGAGUGGCAGAAUGCAGAUCAUGUUGGAUGCUUUCGCCGAUGGGAGCAGCUUUAUCUGUCUCAAAUGUGGAGGACUCGUUAGCAAUCAUCGCAGGGAUGAACAUUUGAUGUAUUGGUGCGGCGGCUGAAAGUCCGACGAAUCUUUUUAUCACUGUUUUUUGCAUUUUGGAUGGUUGUAUGAUGCAUUUUUAACAGUGGGAGAUGUGCUUGAAUAAUUUGGUAGGCAUGUAUAGUUUCAUUUGAGAUUGGUCGCCAUUUUCGUGCUGUAAAUAUGGUUUUUCUUACCUGGAAAUGCUUCUGAAGUUACAGAGGAAACUGAAAUGGAUUUUGAAUUUAUAAAUAAUGUUGGAGUAUUUAUGAGUAGGGGAUGUACAUACAUACCAUAGA